AUGGCUGAAAGGCGCCUGUCCAGCCUGUAUGACAUUACUUUUUAUGACUUGGGGCUUAGUGGUUCGAACCUUGAUGUUUUCAUGACAGUUCACAGCGACGACGACUCCCGCAGCGACCACAGCGACCUCUCCGGGUCAGCCACGGAGGCGUCGUCCCUCGUGGCAGUUCGCGCUGGAUGUUGCAGCUUCAACCCCGUCAGCGAGCGUGGCAAGAAAUGGCAUCAGGUGCAGAUGAUCAUCCUGCCCUUCAUCCCCAUCGCGGCGCUCAUCCUCCAAAACUGCUGGUUCAUGGCCCGCGUCUCGUCGCACCAGACGGAGAUGCAGUGGCUCGGGAAGCAGGUCGACGGCACAGUGGAGUUGGGACAGCUGCUGUCGGCGCUGCAGACGGAGCGAGCCGAGGUGGCCUACUACGUGUUCUCCAACGGGUCCAAGCUAAGAAAUGAGUACGUGAGCAGCCCAGGACAACAUAUCCUCAAUGUUACGGAUGAUCGAGCAAGCGAGGGAGCGCAGAAAGAACGGGCCUUAACGAGGUUAAUCAACACACUCCCGUCGAGAAGAGGAGCAAGACUCUUGACUAGUUCGCGAAGAAGGACGGAGAACAAGGACAAAUUAGCAACUCUGGGUCACGAACAAGAACAAAUUAGCAAGACUGUCACCGACAGAACACAGGAGCAUAAAGACAGCUUGUCGGAAACGUUUAGGAGGACCGACAGAGCCCUGGAGAGCGUUCACGUGUGGCCCAAUUUCACAUCACUGGCUUCAAAAGACAACUUGGCUUCGAAGUUACGAUUCCAGAUUAAGCUCGAGGACUUGAGGCGAGGAAUCAGCAUGGGCAUGGAAAGUAGCGAAGACGACAUAGCGGAGCGGAUGGACUGGUACAACCAAAUCACGUACUUCAUCAUGGAAGCCGUCAUCAGGAACAUCAAGGAUGUGAACGUCUCAAACGUGUGGAAGCUCCUGCUCGCCUACAAGGACAUGAUCCGCUCCGUGGAAUACUUUGGCAUCGUUAUGGUGGAGGGUCUUUACUUCUUCGGCAAAGGGAGCCUCAACCAACCGAGAUUCAUCAAUUACAUCACCUACGACGUCCUCGCAUGGAAGUCUUUGAACCAGACAAAGGAUUUCGUCCAGUACAUCGAGGAGAAGGUGGAGCUGUUCGAGAGCGAAUACGUGGAGUACAGAAACAUAACGGAGUGGCGAGAUCUGAUCAGAGGCAACGUGGAACAGGCAAUGAACCUGGUUGUUGCAGACGACUAUUUCUACGCAAUGAAGCGGUUCACGGAAGAGCUGACAAGUCUGCAGUGGUACCUGUUAGGCAUGAUCAAGGAAUACAUGGUCGAUGAGACGGCAUACGCGGACACGCAAGUAACGCUGUCGAUUAUUGUGCUUGUCAUUGUCUUCAUUAUCUCGCCGAUCAUCAUUUUCCUCGUCCGACACGCCACUUACACGAUCCAGAUUUUCGCUUCGACUUUGACCGUCAAGGGAAUGGAACUGAAGCGUGAGAAACGGAGGUGUGACCGACUGAUCCACCAGAUGCUACCCAAAGCCGUGGCGAUACAGCUCAAGAAGAAGAAAAUGGUGCCAGCCGAAAGUUUCAAGGAAGUCUCUGUGUACUUCAGUGACAUCGUCGGCUUCACGAAUAUCUGUUCUGAGUCGGAACCCAUUCAAGUGAUCUCUCUUCUGAACUCUCUCUACAACAUGUUCGAUUCUCGCAUUGAGAAGUAUGACGUGUACAAAGUGGAAACGAUCGGGGAUGCAUACAUGGUGGUAUCCGGUCUGCCGCAUCCUAAUGGUUCCCGUCACGCCGCCGAGCUGGCCAACAUGGCGCUCGACCUACUCGACGGCGCGGGCUCCUUCGUCAUCCCGCACCGCCCCGACAGGCCGCUCGAAAUCCGCGCUGGGAUUAACUCCGGGCCGUGCGUGGCAGGAGUGGUUGGGACUAAGAUGCCACGCUACUGCCUCUUUGGGGACACUGUGAACGUAGCGAGUAGGAUGGAGAGCACAGGAGAAGCCAUGGAGAUCCACAUCAGCCAGACGACGAAGCAGAUUCUAGAACAGAUGGAAGGCUAUGCGUUCGAGUUCCGGGGCUACAUGGAGGUGAAGGGUAAAGGCUCCAUGCCGACCUUCUGGCUCCGCAAAGGUCCUCCCACCGGCCCGAAGACCAUCACGCUGCCGCAGUGAGGACCUCCCGAGGAAGAGGGACAUAGGCCAGCGCCCGACGUGUCCGGAAGGGUGAAGGUCCGGAUCGCCGUCGAGCGCCUCCUCCUCCUCGGCCUUACUGGCUGCGUCGCGAG